CGGGUUUAGCUCCCACCCACUUCCUGUUUCAGGCCCAUCAUUUCCUGUUUGCCAUCACUUCCGCAUUAAGCCCCACCCACUUCCGCAUUUAGCCCCACCCACUUCCCCUUCUAGGCCUGCCAUUUCCUGUUUAAACCCACUUCCGGUUUUAGCCCCACCCCCUUAACUGGGUCUAGGCCUUCCACUUCCUGUUUUGCCUUCAUUUCCGGGUUUAGUCCCACCCACUUCCGGUUUGGCUCCAUUUCCGGUUUAGCCACGCCCACUUCCUGCUGAAGCCCCACCCCCUCUCCCUUCCCCUCCUCACCCCAGCCCCUCCCAUCCUGUCCCUGCCACUCACCACCGGCCUCGACCAAUCCCCUGCUCCGGACGCCGCUGAGUGACACCCGGAGGCCCCGCCCACAUCCCCGCCCCUCCCCCUUUCCCCUCCCCCUUCUUUUCCUCACCCCCUUCCAACGGUUCUCUCCACCCAGAGGAGCUCCACACCACCCUAACCCACACCCCCUCCCUUCUCCCGACCCUCCCUUCCCCCCCUUUUCCACACCCUCCCCCACACCCCCCCCGCGGGCUCAGACCAGCCGCCGCCGCCAGCGCCGCCGCCGCCGCCGCCAUGGCCAGCAACGUGACCAACAAGACGGACCCCAGGUCGAUGAACUCGCGGGUGUUCAUCGGCAACCUGAACACGCUGGUGGUGAAGAAGAGCGACGUGGAGGCCAUCUUCUCCAAGUACGGCAAGAUCGUGGGCUGCUCGGUGCACAAGGGCUUCGCCUUCGUGCAGUACGUCAACGAGCGCAACGCCCGCGCCGCCGUGGCCGGCGAGGACGGCAGGAUGAUCGCCGGGCAGGUGCUGGACAUCAACCUGGCGGCCGAGCCGAAGGUGAACCGCGGCAAGGCAGGUGUGAAGCGCUCGGCGGCCGAGAUGUACCACGGGUCAGUAGCUGCUCCACCUUCUCCGUCCCCCCUCGUCAGAUCUUCCUUCGACCUCGACUAUGACUUCCAGAGGGAUUACUAUGACAGGAUGUACUCGUACCCCGCCCGGGUGCCGCCGCCCCCGCCCCUGCCCCGCCCGGUGGUGCCCUCCAAGCGGCAGCGAGUCUCCGGCGGCAGCAACACGCGGAGGGGGAAGAGCUUCAACAGCAAAUCCGGGCAGAGAGGCUCCUCCUCCAAGUCCGGCAAAGUGAAGGAUGGAGACCUGCAGAGCAUCAAGAAGGAGCUUGGGCAGAUCAAGGCCAAGGUGGACGCUCUGCUGGACAGCCUCGAGCGCCUCGAGCGCGACCAGAAGCAGAAGGCUGAGAAGGCAGAGGAGGAGCUGGGGGGCGGGGCCGGGGCCGGCAAGAAGGAGGAAGGGGGCGGGGCCGGCGGGGGCGGGGCCAAGGCGGAGGCGGGGCCGGGGGAGGACUCGGCCGAGGAAGGAGAUCUGCUGGACGACGAAGAGGCCGAGGAGAGGGGAGAUGAUCAGCUGGAGUCGCUGAAGGGAGACGAGAAGGAGGCGGAGGAGGGGGAGGACGACCGCGACGACCGCGACAGCGCCAACGGCGACGACGAGCCCUGAGCCACGCCCCCUUCCGGCCACACCCAACCGCCCCACCCACCCCCCCCCCGUGCCCCGCCCAUUUCCGGUGCCCCACGCCACGCCCACUCCCCCCUCCCCCUCCCUCCUCCAGCCCAAGUUUUAAGCUCUCCCUCCCCUCC